AUGUUCGAUUUAGAUCGAAUACUUGCUACCGUUAAGUCAAAUGAGUCGAAUAUUGACAAUAUUCGAGAGCACAUGAAAGCACUUCACGACGUCGACCUUCAAUGCAUCUUGAUGGAAAAAGUAAAGUUAACCGAAGAAGAAGCAUUAACAUUGGCAUCAUUUCAAGCUGGCGUCCAAGGAAUAGUUAUUUUAAAAGAAGCAUUACGACAUGUUCCUGAAAACAUCACUCGAAAUGAGAAUGGCAAAUCCAUGCGGUUUAUAUUUGUGUGCAAGAUAUUUCGUGCUUUGGCAUCCAAUCAUGGAAUCGCUUCGACUUUGAAAGACCAACAAAUUGAGUUGUUGUGUCAGUUUUUAGAGUUAUAUUGCCCAGAUUUUGUAACAUCGCCAGGUCAUCAAAGUAUAUGGAGCCUAACACAAGACGAAGGCAUAUAUUUUAACAAGUUUUUGACGCCUCCUGUUACGAACUGUUUGGGCUGCGAUAAGCUUUUAACAAUGCACAACAGGCCAUCGAAAGCAACUUUAUUUACAUUGAAAGGUCCAGUUCCUUGCUCCAAAGUAAUCCUUGAGUGCAGAGACUGCUCAGCUCGUUAUGGAAUUGCCAAGUUUACUCGUGGUAACGAUUUGGGAAGUUGUUUUUAUCCACAAGAGUCUGCCAUCGAUGUGAUCGAAGUCAGCAAUGUCACGUAUAUGGGCUUGGAACUGGAUGGAUGGAUACCAUCUCUUAGGUAAAAAAUAUGGAUUGUUUUAUUGUAGUUAAUCAAUUAUUAUUAUGUAUUAAAUCAAAUAAAAAGAGGCAAUUUCAAAUGCACUUGUCACUGGAAGCCACGGGGGAUUAGACAAAAUGCCCAGACAGAAAAAAUAAAAGAAAAUGGCCCCACCCUAUAUGUGGUGCUGAAUAUUUAGGCUAAUCCUACAAAAGGUCUUACCAUAUUAUUAAACCUGCCCGCAAAGAGUUAAAUUAAAGUACAUUGCUCUUAGCUUUUUUCAAAUGAAUCUUCAGCACUUGGUGGAAAUCUCGGUUGGGGGGGGGGCAUAAUGCUUUGAGUCCAAAACUAACAUAAUGCCACAGAAUCCCACUGUUUAGUCUGUUUUAGUUUGCAUAUUUCUGCAUGUCUGUUUAUUUCAAAGUGUCAGAAAAGAAAAUUUCUAUUGAUCCAGACAUGGUUUGUGAAGAAAUAUUUCCAAUUUUAUAAACAAGCUGUUAGGAAGUUUCCUUUGAAUUUUAAGUUAACCUAGGGUUAUUGCUAAUCAACUUUUGAACCGGCCCCAGAAGUGUAACUCAAGCAAGUAUUUGUCCGUGUUUUUACAAGUGAUUUGUUAUCAAUCACGCCAUCCUGGCUAGUACAACCAGCACUUUGUACGUACUAAAACGUGAUAAAAACUUCCGGUUGUACUAGCCAGGAUGGCAUAAGCGAGUCAAAAUUUUUGUGGGCGUAAAAAAUAAAGGAACCGACUCAAGUUACACUUCUGUUGUACCUUCCUAUUCUGUGAUAAAGCCGAAGCUAACUUCAUAAAAGGAAAACUAACUAGAUAAAUGUGAAAACUAACUACAUAAAUGCAAAAACAACAAAACAAUUGUAAAUCUGUAGCAUUUGAUAAACACAUCAGAACUACAAAUCUACUUCAAGAUAUAGAAUAAUCACAUCAAAAUAUCAACAGAGCAUCAUGAAAGACAAAAUUCACUUUAUGAGGAUAGUCUCAGUCUCCCUCAUUUUUGGAUUUUGACAAAACUGAUUUAAAGCUUUUAAAUGAAAAGUUGCAUUUUUUCUUUUAGCAAUCACUGUUGGGUGUCCUUUAGUGGCUUUUCUGAGGCAUACAAUGAUGUAAAUGCAGAAAACAUUCAAAAGUUUUGUGAAGUCACACAUGGUAUGUUAGCAUCACUGCAACAUAUAGAAGAUACAUUGUAGGAUAUUGAUUAUGACCUUAAACAGAUCAAUUUUAAACUAUUUUGAUUUUGGUGGAAUUAAUCAUUAAUACAAAAGCAUGUGAUUUUUAUGCUUAUUGUGUGUCUCUAGCUGAUGUCAAUUGUGUGAAGCAGUCUAUUAAUUACAGUCUAAUCAAUUGUGAGAAAUAUAAUAGAGUCGCUCUUUAUGUAAGUUUAAGGCAGCACCAAAAAUUAAGAAUUCUCACUUGUGCAACCGUCCGCCGCAAGCUUGACAAUUAUUAGCCAACACAGCUAAAUUUUACAUAAUACAAUAAUUAUGUAAUUAACAAUUACAAUAUUGAUCUAAAAUGCACAACAAGCUGAUGAUACCAAGUUUCAUAGGCAUCGAAAGAUCAAUAAGUGGGGGGGGGGACCAUAUUUCUUUUGAAAUCAAUUGUUUUUAAGGUCUGUGAAUACGAAUAUAUGAAUAUGGUCCCCCCCACUUAUCGAUCUUUCGAUGCCUAUGCCAAGUUUUAAAAGAAACAUGCAUAUUUGAACUACUAUGUACCCAACAACAUGCUAAGGUGGUCAGGCAGGAACAUGUCAAGCAAUCGUGGAUGCAACAACAAAAUGUGCUUGUCCAACACAUGCCUCCCCAUUAUAUUAAUUGGGCCCUCAGCAGUGUGUUAGCAGAAAAUUAUACUUUUUUUGUGUUGCAAAAUCAGUUGGUUAGGUAAUGAUAUUUUAAAAUAAUAAUAGAAGUGAUUGCUGUCGUUAGGUCUUCCAACAGUUUGUGAAACGGAGGAGCAGCUGUGCAGUAAUGAAAAUAAUGGUAAUGUACCAGUUAUUUAUAUAUCAUAACCAAAGUAUUGUUAGAUGUAUAUUUGAACUAACUCAUCCAAAACUGAACAACAACAUACAGAUACAAUGCUUUAGCCCAUUAAGGCCCAGGAAUUUUGACAUAACACUAGAGCAACAUACUUGUAGUGGUUUCAAAUCAAAUGUUGAAUGGAAUGUGUUGCUCUCAAUGAAAAUCAUUAAUAUAUAAAAUAUGUGAAAAUAAAUUACAUAUAACAUAGAUUAAAAUAAUUGAUGCAUUGCGUUCCAUGAAUGAAAAGAGUGACGUUUGUUUAAAUUGCUGUCACUUAGAGGCACAGUUCAGCCUUUUGAAUGAUGGUUUUUAAGGUGCAUUUCAGCCAUUUUGAUUGAAAAAACUAACUAGGAAAAUCAUUUAUAAAUAAUUCAAGAUCAGCAAACUCAAUGUUUUUAACAAUAAAAAUGUUUUAAAAUGUUAAAAUCAUGAAGUUUACUGAUCUUGAAUUAUGCUUAAUUGAUUUUCCUAGUUAGUUUUUUCAAUUAAAAGGACUGAAAUGCACCUUAAAAACCAUCAUUCAAAAAGGCUGAACUGUGCCUUUAAGAGUUGCAUAGUGUGACAAGACCUGUCGCUUCAUAUCUAAUCCUUUCUGUUGAAUCAAGCAUUGCUCGCCUCUUGUGUAGCACUUUAAACAGCUAUUAAGUUUGACGCAUAAAAAAGCAAUGUUUGACCUGAGCCUAAGUUGCAAUGCACCCAACUUUAUUAUUUUACUUUGUAAAAUUGGCAACAAUUGAAGAGUCUUGCCCAUUAUAAUGGGGUUCGUGCAACAAGUCCAUUUGGUGCAUCCAUUGCUCAUUUAAAAUAAUAUUUUGUUCAGGCAAUUUGAGUGUGUUACCUGGAAAGCUUUCAGCCAAAGCUGUUGCAAAAAGUUUUUGGUAUCGAGAAGUGGAGAAAGAGCUACAGGAAAUUGGUUUGCGUGAAAAAUGGGAAUUUGCAGACCAGAAGAUGGGUGGAUUAAGUGGUUCAAAUGAUCAUGCCAUGGAAUACAUUGAUUCAAAUUGUUGUGAUAGUUUGUAUUCACAUGUAUGCUAUGCCAACUGCAAGAGCAAAGGUAAAAUUAACAGUAACAGAGUAUACCUAUGGUAACUCUGUAAACAUGGUAAUCAAACUGUAUAAUUGAAACAUUCUAUAGUUUGUUAUCCUGUGGGUGCUAUAUAUAAAUGAAAAACAUGCAAAGUAUACACAAUGGCCAACCGGUUUUACAAGCUCUUCAUAGAGUAGCUGUAAACAGUGUUUUAAUUAAAUGUGAGGUUCCUCAGGAAUCUAUAUUAUACGUCUUUUUUCAUUUAUGGCUCACCACUUGAUCUAUUACAGUAAUUAAAAACAAGCUUUUACAAGGUAUCUUAUUGCCCUGCAAUUAGAAUGUAUGCAACUUAACCAUUUAAAUAGCAAUUUGCUCUGAGGCAGCACCCUAAUUUAUUAUUUAAUCUGUUUAACACCAGACGAAAUGAACUUGUCAAGGGGAGACUGCUACCAUUUGAUGUGUUAAUUGCUAAUAAUUACUAUUUUCAGGGUGUGGAAAUUUGUUUGUUGCUGAUGGCAAUUGGAAACUGAGAUACGCACAUUGUAUGUGGAAGGUUCCCAUCAAGUUACCCGAGUUUGGGGAAAUAAAUUAUCCUCAGAUUUGUCCACUAUCUCCACGAUGUGGCCAUGCCUUUUGUGAAGCCCAUUGCAAAGAGGCAACAGUACAAGGCUACCCAACAGAAUUGAGACCUUUUCUGAAGAGUUGUGGCAUUUCCAAAGAAGGCAUAGAACAAGGUAAAUACGAUACUAAGGAUCUUAACACUCCUAUUAUCAUGAAGGCGUGGGUCACAGUUUUGACUCUGCCAAGCACAAUCAAUAUUUUUAGCCAUAUACAAAGAUAA